GCACACCUGUCACUCUCAGCCUCACACACACACAAAUCCACAAUCCAUGGUGUGCUCAGGGGAUAAAAUAAAACCCACCAUGCUCAUCAUUACUAUGUUGUCCUUCUCGUUUGGAGUAACAGCCGGCACAAUGUUUUCACCUUCACACUUCACUGGAGUAUAAAAGUGGCUGGUGAAUCAGAGUCAAGGAAAGUUCAUUAUAUAUUUAGUUACAGGCAGCAACCUGCCUUUUGUUCUCUUAGUGCUACGUAAUGUAUAGUUAGGUGGUUAUAACCUUGUACUCGUGUUUAUCGUAAGGUUUGUACUCAAAGAUGGAUACUGAAGUUGGCUGGGCAGCUAACCUGAUUGACCAGAAACUGCACCUAGAUGAAAACCAUAAUAAACGUAAAAAAGAUAUUGAUCAGAAACUGGAAAUCGUAAAGAUAUUCACAAAAGAGCUGGAAGGGGAAAAGUACAAACCAUCAAGAACACCAACAUUUCAGUUUACUCAGGUGGAUGACAAAGUGCGAAAAUCUUCAGUGGACCUGCGUAGGGAGAUCAUUGAUGUUGGCAGCAUCCAGAAUCUUAUAGAGCUGCGUAAAAAGAGGAAGAACAAAAACAAUACAGCAUCUUCUUCAACUGAUUCUGAACCUGAGCAGCAAGACGUUCCAGGACCAGUGGACAGUACUCAUUUCUUGUGGGCAGCUGUAGAAGGGAAGGUGAAAGUCAUUGAGAAGUUCCUUGAAGGUAAUGGAAAUCCAGAUACUUGUGAUGAGUUCAAAAGGACCGCUCUUCAUCGUGCCUCUCUUGAAGGACACACUGAGAUUGUACAAAAACUCUUAGACAAUGGAGCAGCUGUUAAUUUUCAAGACAGGUUGGACAGCACUGCGAUGCAUUGGACGUGUCGGGGAGGACAGCUGGAAGUUCUCAAAGUGUUGCAGAAGAGUGGUGCUGACCUUAACAUGAAGGAUAAACUGAUGAGCACUCCUCUGCAUGUGGCAACGAGGACUGGCCGCUUUGAUGUGGUAGAAUAUUUAAUUGCCAGUGGAGUGGACAUCAAUGCUAAAGACAGGGAAGGUGACAUGGCUCUUCAUGAUGCAGUUCGUCUGAAUCGCUACCGAAUUGUCAAGCUGCUCCUUCAACAUGGUGCUGAUGUGCAAGCCAAGAAUGCUGAAGGAAAAACUCCCAGUGAACUGGUAAAGGAGUGGCAGUUGGACAUGAAAGACAUUCUGGAGAAAGUUGUUCUGAGAACUGGCUGCACAUAUGACAAAGAAGACUUAAAGAUAUGAAGAAGCCUACCAAAGUCUAUAGAUCUCAUGGAAAGGGUGAGAUUUCUUGGAAUUCUUCAUCUUCAGAAGGAAAUGCUGCUUUCUGUUUAUCCUAGGUGGAAUUAUAAGAUUCCAAAACAAAUGAAACACAGUAAUUUAAUUAUAAUUUCAUCUCAUAUACUGUUUACUUGUACAUGCUUUUACAUUUCAUCUACUGCUGGGCUUUCAUUAAAAUGACUUAAUUAUCAGAAAAAAACAUCUCAAGUGCGUAUUUCUAUAAAUAGAAAUCCAACCUCAAAGACAAAAUGCAGCAAAUUGACUUAAUUUUGUUGCCAUCUGUUAUUUUCAUGGUAGUGGAGAGUGACUAGAAAAAGAUCAGACUGAACAGCUAGCAGACCUCACAUGAGCAUGGUUUGCCCUGUGUGUGACCCCCCGUGCAUAAGUUUCAAUACUUAAAAUUCAAAUGAUUGACUAUUCAACAUUAUGCACAAUACGUGGCUUCGCUAUUUAGAAUUCUUGUUCCCAGACAACCAAGGGUUACUGUCUUUGUGCUCAUAAAUGAAUUCCCGUCCCACAACUGACUCCCACCCACACCCACACACACCCACACACAUUUCCACUAAAUAAAUGAAAUUGCAGCUUUAAGUCCCUCUGUUGAGAAGCAUAGCAUUUAAAAACUGCUGCUCAUUGUAUAACAUAAUUGUUACUCAGGGUCUCAUAACCAAAAAAGUUCACAACACCAUCUUUAUACAGAUUAAAAUGAGGUUCAAAAUGACAUUUUCAUCAG